AUCGUAAACUUCAAUCAGCCUUUUCUGCUCUCAAUUCUUGUGAAAUUUUUCGAUAAUAAUUUGAAAUAAGAGUUCCCGUGCACGAUUUGUGUUCGCCGGCUAACAUGUCGAGCUCGAGACACUUUUCCGGCGGCCGCAGGCCGGGGAAGGCGCCGGAGAAAUCGAAUUUCGCGCAGACGUGCAACCUUCUGAGUCAAUACAUAAAGGAAAAGGGCAGCCUCAGGGAUUUGAAUCUCGAAAUUGGUGGAAAAGUGGAGAGUGUCGAAGCUAUCGUCAAGCCUGGUUCAUCUCUCGCAUCAGCUUCAACAGGUGUGAAUUCACACAGUAACAAUGGGAAAUCUGCUCAACCUUCGCCGGGAAAACAGCCACCGAUGGACCAGUUUGCCGCUAGGUCCGAUUCCUCUGCUAUCGUAGUCGAGGACGCCUCAAAUAAAGCUAGCACAAGCAAAGAGGCAGCGAAAACAGAGCCUAAAAGUGCACAGCUAACGAUCUUUUACUCAGGGAGAAUAUUGGUUUUCGAUGAUUACCCGAUGGAAAAAGUUAGGGAUCUCGUGUCCGUAGCCAAAAGGAGUAGCUCACAAAUGUCUUACGGCAUUUUAUCAAAGGCCUAUCAAGAGAAAGCGGGUCCCACCUUACGCGAGGGGCUCCCUCCAAGGCCUCAUGCUUACAAUAAUAACAAACAGCCUUUUGGCGUUUCUCUGAACAAUUUUCGGGAGGGAACAAGUUCUAUAGUCAACGAGGCUGUUGCGUCUACUUCGAGAUCAGAAGAACUUUCACCACAGCCUGAGGCUAAUGGAUCUGAUCUGCCAAUUGCAAGAAGAUCGUCGAUUCACAGGUUCCUUGAGAAGAGGAAAGAUAGGGCUGCUGUUAGGGGUCCUUACUACAAUCAGGAACAUCCUGGUCCUUCCACCAAAGAUGAUGAGCAGCUUGACCUCAACAUUUUGCCAUAAGUGCCAUUAAAAACAAAUAAAAAGUUUCUUGUAUGGUUUUAGAUUGUGUUGUGCUACUUUCGUUUAUAUUCACACAUUGGGAAUGUGAAUAUGUGAUGCAAGAUUUAGUCUUAUAGCACGGUUUUAGUGAGAUUGUAGGUGUAUUUGCACUUUUGCAGGCAAUUAAUUAUUACUUGCCAUGGAGCUUUAGGGUGAUUCAUUAGGUGGCUAGAAUUAGCCAUUUAUGACUCGAAGAUGGCUAACAAGUACUUUGUAAUUUCAUGUUCAUUUUUUUAAAAGUUUGUUUAUUUCAUGAGGUUAAUUAUGGGUACGUUUGGAAAAUUU